CUCGCGUGCUAAAACGUGAAAAAAAAUCUUCCCCCCCCAUCCGAAUUCGAUGGCCUCCACCCUCCCCCUCCACCCUUACCCUCCUCUUCUUCGCCCGCCCCUCAAUUCCGCUUUCCUUCCGACCCCCUUUCGAGUCCACCGGAGCCGUAAGCCUAGCUCCUCCCCCAGAUUAUCCAUCAUGUCCGCCGCCGCCUCCGACCCUUCGUGGGAGAGGGAGGAGGCCCGGUGGCUCCGGGAGGAGCAGCGGUGGGUCCGCGAGGAGCAGCGCUGGCUCCGGGAGGAGUCCCGCUGGAACGCCGAACGGGAGUCCCUCCUCCGCGAGGUCGCCGCCCUCCGCCUCCGCAUCGAGGCCCUCGAGCGCGACGCCGGGGGGCUGCGGGCCUCCGUCGACCCGCUGCCGCUGCUGGUCGAGGAGGCCCACGUGAAGGAGAUGGUUCUUGAAGAAGGGGUCAGGGUUGCGAAACCUGCACCGGAGAAGAAAGAGGUCGUGGAGGAGGGGAAGAAGAAGACAUUGACGAAAGGUUCAGAAGGAGAGGAGGUUCGAGCGAUGCAGGAAGCUUUGCAAAGGUUGGGCUUUUAUUCAGGUGAAGAAGACAUGGAAUACUCCAGCUUCUCGAGUGGGACUGAACGUGCAGUAAAAACAUGGCAGGCCUCACUAGGGACUCCUGAAGAUGGGAUUAUGACAACAGAGCUUCUGGAAAGAUUAUUUACAGAGCAGAGAAUGGGGGAUUCUAGCUUGAAAGUAAAUGAUGGUGCAAAUGGAGCAGCUGCUGCUUCGAUAACAGAAAUUGCAGAGAUCCAGCAAACGGUUGUGAAAGAACGUGGUGAUGCAGAAGUCCAGGUAUCCCAGCGAAAAGUGUUUCUUCUUGGGGAGAAUAGGUGGGAAGAACCAUCCAGGUUGGUGGACGGGAAUAAACCCAUUAGCAGAAGCAAGGUUGUAUCUACGAGAAAGUGCCUUUCCUGCCGUGGACAAGGCCGGCUAAUGUGUACAGCAACCUUGAAAAUUUUUGGAACGAUUGUUGAUAUGUUGAACAACUUCUAUUCAUUUUGCAGAAUGUGACGGGAGUGGUGAACCAAAUAUUGAACCACAGUUUCUGGAGUGGGUUGAUGAAGGAGCAAAGUGUCCAUAUUGCGAAGGCCUGGGUUACACUAUCUGUGAUGUUUGUGAAGGGAAGACUAUAACGGAAACAUAGUCUAACUGCAUACAAUAUCUUUCCACAAAGAUUCGCUUUAAAAUGGUGCAAGGAUGUGAAUGCUGAAUAAUUUUAUUGACAGUGAAUGCUGAGAAAUUGGGAAAAAAGGGUUUUUCGUGCAAGCCUAGCCUGCUGAUUUCACAAUAAAGACAAUAAAAUCAGUUGACUUCCUCUAAUUGCUAAUAGGAACUCGAGUUGGAUGUUUAUGUCAUCAACCGUUUGUGCCCUUUUAAACACCGUAACAAGUCGGAAGGGGAGAUUGACAACUUUUCUUCCAAAGGUAAUGUAAACAACAUCACUUUACUACGAUUUUUUAUUUUGGGAUAAGGGGAAGGAAGAUCCACCCAUUUAUUA